AGUAGAGAUUUGGAGACCUCGUGCUCACUGUGCUCAGUCCAGUUCAGUCGUUUAUGAGAGACGCGCGGUGGAGCAUUAUUGUCAUCGCAGUUAUCGUUGCUUAUCUGAUUUGAAAUAAUUGUGUGUCCUAUUCCAUAUUUUUAAUCAAAUAUCUCAGAACGAUGAGUUUAUUCAUGCAAUAUCGGCACGUACUUCAUAAAUUACCGCGCGUUUAAUUCUCGUACGUGUAAUUAUUGUCGCUAUGCAAGUAUAAUAUAUACUACUUUUAACACGAGCGCGCCUGACUCACUGAUAGUUCUCGCUGAUAUUGUAUGACAAAAUUAAAGUGAUAGUGUCAGUGCUGUCACGUGAAAAUGGAUUCGUUUAAUAGUUACGGCAGGAGUGACUUGGAAAUAUAUCCAUCGUUUAUUAAUUUACACGAAGAUGAAAAUGAUCAUUUACUCUUGGACAUGGAUUCUUUAGUUCCCAGACGAAGCAAUUUCCUAGCAAGCCGUGGUUGUGAACCAAUUAAGAAGAAAUGCUCAUUCGGUGACGAAAGCGAGGAAAUCGAUGGCACUGGAUGGUCCGACAAACCUAUCAGAACCUGGUGUCAAGAGGAAACAAUAAAUUGGCUUAUGUCAGCCGCAUCAUAUAUCGGUCAACCUUACAGCUCCAUUCAGCACAGUCUUGCCGUAUCUGGGAAAGAAAUUGUUACUUUUACGCGAGAAGAUUUUAUUAAUCAUGAUCCUGUGUUCGGAGACCGAUUGUACAAUCUUCUCCAUUCACAACGUAUAUCAAACCUUUUACCACCAUUUGAUACCAUUCAGGCGCAAUCGGAGGAUGAGUAUACGCGAGUCAAUUCUAGCAACAUAUCCGAUGCGGAAUCAGAUAAUAGUAUCGAAAUUGCAACCAAGAGGCUGCCAGGUAGACCAAGAGUAUUAAAAACUAAGAAAAAUACCGCGAGUCAAGGAAAAUUAUGGGAAUUUAUUAGAGAUUUACUUCGUAAUAGAGAAACGUGUCCAAGUUUAAUCUGCUGGGAAGAUUAUUCACAAGCCAAAUUUCGCUUCGUAAAAAGCGAUGAAGUGGCAAAACGAUGGGGUUCACGGAAAGGAAAUACAAAAAUGACUUAUGAAAAACUUAGUCGAGCUAUGAGGUACUAUUAUAAGAGCAAAAUAUUUCUACCAGUACUUGGUCGCAGACUGGUGUAUCAAUUUGGACCAAAUGCGAAAGGAUGGCAAACAGAUAACCCAAAUUUCCGAUACUGAAACGGUGUGUCGAAAAAGAGUCACAAGUUCGUAAUAUGAUCGA